AGUGACGCAUUUUGGUGCUAGAAAGAACUUAGAACAUCAUUUAGCUCCCGUAAGAAGCUAUGGUAAUGAUGAGCAGCCAGCUUUAUUACGAGGAAAGACAUGUGCAUUCUUUAAGCAAAGAGACCGAGAUAUCAGGUACGGUAUUUUAAGUUGAACGACUUCAUCUGUUUUUUCUUUUGUCAAAAGUUCUUUGUGGACCGGCGACACGAGAAGUUCAUACUCAAAUAACAAGUAGAGCUUCCGCGACAUCAGCUACACGGCCAUGGGAAAGCUAACUUCGGGCAACGCGACGUCUUCGACGUCUAAGUUGGGUGGCUCUUCCUCGUCCUCCACCAGUAAGAAGAACAAAACGAAAGACGCUACGCUCGACGUCAACAUGCAGCUGCAGAAAGUUCAUAAGCCGAUGCGGCUGCGACCGAAGGUGCCGGUGAAUUCAAAAUCCAAGUAUGAAACCAUUGGCCAGCUGAACUACGCCGAGAGCCACUACACGGAGUUUCUGAAGGAAUCCGUCGAAAACCACGUUGGCAGUUUCAACAUGAUGUUGGAUCACAUCCUACCGGAGAUGGCCAACGAAAUCAUUCCGAUCGAGGUGCCAGUCAACAAUGACUCCGAAACGUCAAAACCCGGUAGCGCCUCAGCGUCGAGCAAAAUAAAGAUCACAAACAAAACGAACACCGCCGUGGGAUUACGAAUCGGAGUGGAGAAAAUCACGAUCGACAAGCCCAUGAAGAAAGACCACAACAUGCUACCAAGCAACGGAAAAAGUAUUGACUUUUUGAAUACUGGACUCACUGUGACUCGCGUACGAUGAUUUUCUAUCACUGUAUUGUACCUGUACGUAGAUGCACCGGUUUAUUUAGUUGCCUUUUGUCUCUUGUUUAUGCUUUUUCACCACCACCUUGACCUUCCUUGCCUACCAAAACCACAGGUACGAAAAACGUGCUUCCAAGUGAUUGCCGUGAGGGGCAUUUCACCUACUCGGGAAAGUGCACGGUCACUUUCUACACGCAGCGCGUCGGGGAUGACAGCACGUCCAGGCAGUGCUUCAACGUCGAAUGCGGAAAUGUCCCAAUCAUGGUCGGUAGUAAGGUCUGCCACCUGCACAACCUGUCUCCGGCGGAAAUGGUGAAGGCACGAGAGGAUGAGACGGAAAGAGGAGGGUAAUAAACGAUUUCUGACGUACAAUAUGACUGGCUUGGAAAAGAAAAUAUUUUCAAAGCAAUUUCAAUUAGAAUUAUGAUGCGUAUAUGCCAAAAUCAAAAACAACAAAUUGAAAAUUCCCAGGUAUUUCGUAAUGAACGGCAACGAGCGCGUAAUUCGUCUGCUGAUCAUGCCGAAAGCUAACCAGCUGCUGGCCAUCGAGCGUGGCAGCUUCACCAACCGCGGUGACUUGUACACAAAGCACGCGGUCCAGAUCCGUUGCAUGCGGAAGGACUUAACCACGCUGACCAACACGCUCCAUUAUUGCCGUGACGGUACCUGCUUCUUCCGGUUUUCGCACAGCAAAAACGAGUUCCUGAUCCCCAUGCUGGUGAUUGCGUACGCCAUUGCGCCGGGGUACAUGACGGAUUUCCAGAUGGCGCGAACCCUUUGUGGCGGGAACGAAAAUGACAACUUCAGUUCCGAACGGGUCCAGGUGAUGUUCCAAACUUUGCUCGCGGCGGACUACAAGAUCCACAGUCGGGUGGACGCGUUGCAGUUUCUCGGCGACCAAUUUCGAAGCACGAUGAAGGAGCCGGCGUAUUUGUCCGAUAUCGAGUGCGGUUUGCGCAUGGUUCGGUCCUUCAUUUUCGUCAACUCCACGGAGAUGGAGGACAAAUUUUCCCUGCUGUGCCUGAUGUUCCAGAAGUUGAUGCGACUCGCGGAGGGAACGAUCAAGCCGGAGAACUGUGAUGCCCUGAGUACGCAGGAAGCCUUGCUCCCGGGGCAGCUGUACGGUGCGGUUUUGAAGGAAGCGGUGGAAACGACGAUGGAGAAGGCCAAGCAGGAACUGCUGAAGAAGAUCCGCUACGGCGACGACAUAUUCGACAUUGAAACCGUCGAGUCAGUGUUCUGGCGGGUGAAAGAGAUCGACCAUGCGGUGAACUACUUCCUUUCCACGGGUACGAUCAAAUCCCGAUCUGGUUUGGAUUUGAUGCAGGUCACCGGUUUUACCAUCGUUGCGGACAAGCUCAACGCCGUCCGUUACCUGUCCCACUUCCGCGCCAUCCACCGUGGUCAGUUUUUCAUGGAAAUGAAAACCACGGCGGUCCGAAAAUUGCUCCCCGACAGUUGGGGCUUCCUCUGCCCCGUCCACACUCCCGAUGGUGGGCCGUGUGGGCUGUUGAACCACUUGGGACAGAACUGUCAGGUCGCGUUGACACCGCCGGCGCUGAUCGAAAAAACGGUGAACAGCGUGCGCAAUUUCCUCCUCUCCCUCGGGGUGCUCAAAGCGGCAAACGAUCCCGCGGGCCUGAACGAGGCGCACCUGCGCGCAUCGCUUUCCCUCGCUGAUCACUACCCGGUCGUGCUGGAGGGGCGCACUCUCGGCUACGUCCGGGACGAAGACGCUGCACUCGUGGUCGCGAUGCUCCGCCGCGCGAAAACCAUGAGCACGGAGAACGUGUCGGUCACGAAAAAGUUAUGGAAGAAAAUCAUGUCGGCACAGGUGAAGGAAUCCGACUUCGAACACGCAUCCGCACAGUACGCAAGCGGGGAUAUCGCUGAUUUAGGACCUAGUGCAUCUUCAGGUAGUGGUUCGAAGAAGACCUCCAAAUCUUCUGCUCUGUCUGAAAACACGAAGAAGCGAUCAAGGAGACACGGGAAUAAUGACAGCAGCGACAGUGAAGCCGACGUGGAUGAUCAUGGAAGCGAAGAUUCGCACAGCACUUGCGCCGAUUCGCAAGACCUCAACGACAAAAAUCUGACGAUCGCUUUAUCUUCCGUCGUGUCCGGUCCGCAGCUGAGGGACGAGGCCGAGAUGGAGAACGAGCAGUGCAUCAAGGACUACGAGGACAUGUUCCGGCAAAUCCCUUUCAACUUGGAGAUCGGCUUCGUGGAACGGUCCUGGGACCGGAUUUUCCCGGGAAUUUUCCUCUUCGUCGGUCCGUGCCGGUUCACCCGGCCAAUCAAGUGCCUCCGAUCCCACCAACUCGAGCACGUCGGACCGUUCGAACAGGUCUUCAUGAAGAUUGCGGUCACGGAGUCCGAGUUGAUCUGGACGAGAAAGGUUUUGCGGGCCGACAUCGAGGAGUACACGAAGUCUUUGGUGGUUGCGGAGAAGGCGCAAGACGAGGAUAUCGUGAUGAAAUCUUCGGAGGAGUACGAUAACGGUUUGAGAUACCGCCCGACCGGGCAGAUGGAGCCGCUGGUUUAUACCCAUCGAGAAAUCGACCCGAUCAAAAUGCUGUCCAUCGUAGCGUCUCUGACCCCGUUCCAAAAUCACAACCAGUCGCCGCGGUGCAUGUACCAGUGUCAGAUGUUGAAACAGACCAUGGGGACGCCCUACCAGAACCACAGUAGACGGACGGACAACAAGGUGUACCGCAUCCAGUUCCCGCAGCGCCCGAUGGUGCGCGCGCAGAUGUACGCGGACGCGAAGUUCGACACGCACCCCACCGGAAUGAACGCGAUUGUUGCCGUUUGCGCGUACACGGGGUACGACAUGGAGGACGCGAUGAUUAUCAAUAAGGGCAGUUACGACCGCGGCUUCAUGGCCGGGAACGUUUACAAGCAAAAGAUCAUCAAAGCCUGCCCGGAGAAGGACGAGCGGUCGAGACAGCACUCGCGGAACUGGAUCUUUUCGAACUACAACAAAGCAAAGGGUGAGUACUGUAGCAUGGAAAAGCACAUCCAACCCGACGGUACGCCGAAGGUGGGGACGCUAAUGACGCAGGGGAUGACCCUGGUCGCAGCAGUGAACAAAGCGACAGGAGAGGUGAACAUAACCAAGCACAAAGACAGCGAUCCGUGCUGGGUGGAAGCGAUUUCAUUGAUUUCGGGCGGGUCGUUUCAAGGUAAUAGUUUGAAUUUUUGAUCUCCAGCUUUUUCUACCAUACAUCCAGACUUACUUACAAACAUAGAUUCCUACCGUUCUUGUGCCAUAUGCACCGGAAAAUACCUGAUCUGUACUUCAAUCAAACUCUCUAGGUGGCGGAGUCGAGGACGGGCAGGUGAAGCUGAGUAUCAAGCUUCGUUUCAACCGGCGACCGAUGGUGGGAGACAAAUUCGCGACCCGGCACGGGCAGAAGGGUGUGAUGGCCACAUUAUGGAAGUCGGAGGACAUGCCCUUUUCCGCCCGGGGCAUGGUGCCGGACAUUCUGUUCAACCCCCACGGUUUCCCGAGUCGGAUGACGAUCGGACAGCUGAUCGAGUCCAUGGCGGGAAAAGCGGCCGCUCUGACCGGAACCAAGCACGUGAACGCGACGGCCUUCCGGAAGUACCGGGGGCACUUCAACUACCCGGACAACAACGAGGACGACCCAUUCCUGGAGAAAGAUCCCAUUACCGCCUGCGACCCCGAGAAGCAGCCCAUGCCGGCCGAGUACUUCGGAAAAGUCCUGAAAGACUACGGGUAAGUAGUUCUUUUUGAAGAUCUUGAUGUUGAUGUUUUGAUCCCGGUUUUUCAAGUGGCUUAUGCUGAGCUUCAAUCUUUUUCUUUGCUCGUGCAGCGCCCUUCAACGUUAUUCUGCUUUGUGUUUGCAUCCACCCAACGAACACUCUAGUUACCUGCGACAUCCGCAAAAUGCGAAGUCAAAACCUCAACUUUUCAGGUACGACUACUAUGGCACCGAGGAGCUGUACGACGGAAUCCACGGUGAGCCAAUGAAGACGCACAUUUUCAUGGGCUGCGUCUACUACCAGCGCUUGAGGCACAUGGUGGCCGACAAGGCCCAGGUGCGCGCAAUGGGACCGAUCGACCCGCAGACGCGUCAGCCGGUCAAGGGCCGACAGCGACACGGUGGUAUUCGACUGGGUGAGAUGGAACGCGACGCCCUGGUCGCGCACGGAGCCGCCUUCCUGGUCCACGAUCGGUUGAUGCGGUGCUCCGACUAUUCGGUAGGCUUUUGCUGUCCCAAGUGCGGUAGCAUCAUUACCCCAGUGCCGCAGCAGUACGAAACCAGGAAGAAACAGCAGGGGAACGGCGGCUUUGCGUUUGAGAAGACAACGCGGUCCUUGGCGAACGCCGUGUGUCCGCCGUGUACCAGAAAAGCGAAAAAGGAAGAUCCGAACGCGGAAGACGUGAUCUGCGAGCCCAAGGACAUCCCGUUCUCCUACCGAUUACUGACCGUAGAAUUCGCAGCCAUGGGUAUCAACCUGGAGAUGCGCCUGAACAACGGAACAACGGAUGCGUAUGCACAGGAACCGGAGGAAGCAGCGAACGAGGUCGCGAGCAGAAGAAGACCAAUCACGGUUCCAUCUUUGAGAACAUACGACCUGGAGAAAAUACAGGAGGAAAAAGAUAUGCUCUCAGGAGACUGUAAUAGGAUAGAUUGUCGCUUGGAAGGCGCAGCCGGAGUUGAUGUGGAAAUGAUUGAUGAAGAAGAUGAAGGGGGACCUUGAAAAAUUCUAACGGAGACCGACAAUCUUGAGAUUGAUCCUAACGAAGUCCAAGUCGUUUUUCUUGGAUACGCGGUAUGCAGAGAGCCAAGAAAAAAAUCACUCAUCACCAAUUUUGGUGGGUAGUCUGCUUCUUGUGCGUGCUUGAAUAUCCAGCAACGAACAUCACGAAUACAGCUGCAACAUCCGAUGAGCAAACGCUUUACGCCGGAAUAGGAAAAGAUUAAGUAUGCUGGAGAAGAAUCUUCCUCCUGAGAGGCACGAGCCGUUUAUUGAAAAAUACACGCUAC